AUGGCAACGACAUUUGAAACGGGUGGUUUUCAACUAUCGCGCCCAACUGCCUCAACGAACUUUUUAUUCUCCGCCACUCUCAAACGAUCGAAACCUGUUUCACUCCCUUCUUCUCGAUUGUUCCAUUGCCGAUCGAAACGCCUCGUUUUGACGCUGAGAACCGCGGUGAAAGCCUGCGCCGUGAAUGUUGAGGAGAAGAAUGUCGCCGUGGAAUCUGGAGAGUGGGGGAAGGUUUCAGCGGUGCUCUUCGACAUGGAUGGCGUGCUCUGCAACAGCGAAGAGCCUUCUAGAAAAGCCGGCGUCGAUUUGUUCGCCGAGAUGGGCGUCGAAGUCACCGUCGAUGAUUUUGUGCCGUUUACAGGAACCGGCGAAGCAAACUUUUUGGGAGGUGUUGCUUCUGUUAAGGGAGUUAAAGGAUUUGAUCCAGAAGCGGCCAAAAAAAGGUUCUUUGAAAUAUAUUUAGAUAAGUUUGCAAAACCAGACUCUGGAAUAGGAUUUCCAGGUGCCCUUGAACUAAUAUCUCAGUGUAAAAGCAAAGGGCUUAAAGUGGCUGUAGCUUCAAGUGCUGAUCGUGUAAAGGUUGAUGCAAAUCUAGCUGCUUCUGGUUUACCAUUCUCAAUGUUCGAUGCGAUUGUCUCUGCAGAUGCUUUUGAGAAUUUGAAACCUGCUCCUGAUAUUUUCUUAGCUGCAUCGAGAAUAUUGAAUGUGCCCCCUAGUGAGUGUAUUGUAAUAGAAGAUGCGCUAGCUGGAGUGCAAGCUGCCAAAUCUGCUCAAAUGAGAUGCAUAGCUGUAAGGACCUCAUUAUCAGAUGAGGUUUUGGAAUCUGCUGAGCCAACAUUUAUCCGGGAUGACAUAGGAAGUGUCUCACUUGAUGAUAUUCUCUAUGGUGGCUCUGUUGGAUAUAUGCGCAAGAGUGUAGAUAUUAUAUUGCACGAGGUCUUAUCUAGACAUGCCAUUGCAGAUGAGAGGAUGCAGGGCUCUGAAACAUUAAAUAAUUUUGCAGAGUCUUCAUCAGCUGUGCUUGCUGGAGGGUUGCAGGGUUCUCGGCGCGAUAUACUGAGAUUCGGAAGUCUGGGCGUUGCUAUCUCUUGCCUGUUCUUCACCUUAAGUAACUGGAAGGCAAUGCAAUAUGCUUCCCCAAAAGCAGUUUGGAAUCAGUUGUUUGGUGUUACCAAGCCACCCUUGGAGGAGAAAGAAGUUAAGUCUCUGGUCAAGUGUGCUGAUAACUCAAGAUAUGAUAGGAUCCAGCAAUUUGUGAAGUACAUAUCUGAUCUGGAAAGCAGGGGAAAUGCUCAGAUUGUUCCAGAAUUUCCGUCUAAAGUUGAUUGGCUGAAUACAGCUCCACUUCAGUUUCGCAGGGAUCUGAAAGGAAAAAUUGUAUUGCUGGAUUUCUGGACUUAUUGUUGUAUAAACUGUAUGCAUGUUUUGCCAGACCUAGAUGUUUUGGAGAAAAAAUACAAAGAUAUGCCGUUUGUUGUUGUGGGUGUUCAUUCUGCAAAGUUUGAUAACGAGAAAGAUUCUGAAGCCAUUCGCAAUGCAGUUCUACGCUAUGGAAUUUCUCACCCGGUUGUCAAUGACGGAGACAUGUUUCUUUGGCGGAACUUGGGUAUAAAUUCAUGGCCAACAUUUGCUGUAGUUGGCCCCAAUGGUAAGCUUCUUGCACAACUAGCAGGAGAAGGUCACAAGAAGGAUCUAGAUGAUUUUGUGGAGGCCGCACUUCUGUUUUAUGGAAAACAGAACAUGCUGGACAAUACGCCAAUUUCCUUGAGUUUGGAGAAAGAUAAUGAUCCACGCCUGUUGACUUCUCCAUUAAAGUUUCCAGGAAAGCUAGCAAUUGAUGUCCUUAAUAACAGGCUUUUUAUUUCCGACAGCAACCAUAAUCGCAUAGUGGUUACUGACCUUGAUGGGAAUUUUAUUGUACAAAUUGGGAGCAGUGGGGAGGAAGGUUUGCAGGAUGGUUCCUUUGAUGAUGCUACUUUUAACCGCCCUCAGGGCCUUGCUUAUAAUGCAAAGAAAAAUAUCCUUUAUGUUGCAGACACUGAAAACCAUGCUUUGAGGGAAAUUGAUUUUGUUGAUGAGAAAGUGCGGACCCUUGCUGGAAAUGGGACCAAGGGCUCUGACUAUGUUGGAGGUGGAAAAGGAGACACACAGUUAGACUCCUCUAUUUCUCUCUUUUUCCAGCUUCUCAAUUCCCCUUGGGAUGUCUGCUUUCAUCCAUUAGAAGAAAAAAUUUAUAUUGCCAUGGCUGGCCAACAUCAGAUUUGGGAGCAUAAUUUAUCGGAAGCAACUACGAGAGCAUUUAGUGGUGAUGGCUAUGAAAGAAAUUUAAAUGGAUCAAGUCCUACAAACACGUCAUUUGCACAACCUUCUGGUCUUUCAUUGUCUCAAGAUCGAAGAAAGAUCUACAUAGCUGAUAGUGAGAGUAGUUCAAUUCGAGCUGUGGAUCUGAAAACAGGAGGAUCUCAGUUGUUAGCUGGUGGUGACCCCAUGUUCGCUGAGAAUUUGUUUAAGUUUGGUGAUCAAGAUGGAAUAGGCUCUGACGUACUUCUUCAACAUCCAUUGGGGGUUAUGUGUGGAAAUGAUGGUGAAAUUUAUAUCGCAGAUAGCUAUAAUCACAAGAUCAAGAAGCUAGAUCCAACUAGUAAAAGAGUUAGCACCAUUGCAGGAACUGGAAAAGCUGGUUUCAAAGAUGGAACAGCUGUAAAAGCUCAGGUUGGUAAAAUGUUCUAUGCUAUUUUCCUAAAUCUUCUCGUACUCUCUGAACCGUCAGGAAUUGUUGAAGGGAAGAAAGCUAUUGAAAGAAAGCAAGUUUUAACCGUUCCAAUUAAAGAUGUUGAAAUGCUCAUCCUCACACAUGAGAUGCACCUUGAGAAUUUCGCAAUUUUGGUCAUGGUUGUGGUGGUGAUGGUACUCCAACAUACAAUGCCAAAUAUGCUUCAACUUUGGACAUAUUGCUACAUGAUUGCCAUCGCUAUGAUCAGUCCUAUUAGCCACAAGUCAAUAUGUCCAAGGAUUCCAAG